AUGCUCCAUCGCGAAAUCUUCGCCGCCAUCGAAUUAAAUGUAGCCCAUGGCUUCGGUCAGUCGUCUUAUCGGCCGAGCCUCUUCGUGCUCUCUUUCCGUGAAGCCAAUCUUCUCUGCUGGAAAGAUCCCCACUUGGGCGAGGCUCGAGAUGGAAAGCAGUCUUCAUCGUGUUCCCUUCCCUCCUAUUCAGCCGCCCGUCACCAUCGGCCUCGUCAUCUGAGCUUGCUGGCUUCCCACGGGUUCGCUCCUCCGUUUGCUACACCAAUUCCCGUUGUCAUAACAACUAAGGUGUAG